AUGUUUCCGACCGUCGCGUCUUUCCCUUCGGUGCAGCCUCAUCACCGCCUUCACCACUAUCCCGCCCAUGACGCUAUCAACCAACCUCUUUACGACGUGAAUGACCCAAACUUUCCCGCAUAUAACGACCCCUCGAAACCUUUGUUCAAUCCAAUAUCGCGAUCGCGCCUCCAACUGCCGCACCCCGUCCAACGACUCGAUGUCCGCGAUGUGACUGGCUCCGGCUCCAAUGCAAAUGCUGCGGGCGAGCAUGCCUUGAGGCGGAAGACCCCGAACGGAACCCUGGCCGCAGGCUACGAUGGAUCGCUCGGUGAUACCACGAUUCAACCCGCGACGAAACAUAUCCUGGUCUCGCCGCUGGACUCGACCCAGUUUCUGUCGGCGCAGGCAGGACUGCAGCCAGACAGCUGGCAGCAGCCGGCCCUGGACCCGUCAGGUUCUAAGCAUAUGAAUUUCCCGCCUGUGUUCAAGAACGACGGCAGCAACGCCCUUGCUGCUGGCGAGGUAGUGCAAGAUGCCCACGGCACGAGCUGGGUGCGCCCCGUCAACUAUCCGCCAGGCAUCGACUCGGUAUUGAAUCAAAGUUUACCCUUGCAGGUGCCUCAACGGUUCAUCUUGCAUAACGGUGCCUACGUCCCGACCGUGCUGCCAGCGACCCUUCAGCCGUGUGUUGGACCGACUGCCUCAGCUGGCACUGGUCCGUUUGGUCCAUACUGGCCAGACGGCGUGUAUAUUCCAUAUCGCCCUGCAGCGUUUCGUGAUUCGCGUUUUGGCUCUCCUAAUCCGAACGGCCCGCCAUUUGUUGACCUGAACCAGCCGGCCUUCAACCAACCUCAGAUCCCGCUGGGCAGCCACCCAGAUACGUCCUUCGCAUGGAGCCAAUCUGCGUCUGGCUUGCCCACCCCAGACCCUCUUUUAAAACCCAUCUUCCCUCCGCGACACUCGGAUCAAUUGCCAUUCCAUGCUCGCGUCAAUCGACCCGUCGCGGGGCUUGCAGCAAAUCCGCUCAGUGCCGAGCCAAUGAAUUGGACCGGCCGUCCUUCGGGACGCGGUUUCCAGGCCCCCGGACCAACAGUUGCCGUGAAUGUGGAAUUCAAGGAGAAGAUCUUAUCCUGGGCACAUGGUGUCUAUGUCGAUCUUCUGGCCACGAUUCACCAAGCUCGCCGCAACAGUCUGUCUAACGGCGGUGCUGAUGGGCAGAGCCAACGCUUUUUGAAACCGAGUAUUUACCCCAAACCUCCCCGCCAACCCGGCCUCGACUUCUCUCAACACUCCUCCGAGAUACCCCGCCACAACAGCUACCCAUCCAGCCAAUAUGACUUACAAAGACAGAAGCUUGGCCUUUUGGCCAACUCGAGGAUGGAUGAUUCCCAUUCCCCCCGCAUUCCCAAAGCAGCAUGCACGUUCGACGCCCGUCAUUGA